AUGAUGAGUACUGUUGUAAAGCAAUUUAGUACACCAGGUCAUAGCAAUGAGCUUGUUAAAGACUGGAUUGGAGACGUGCGGGAUUUGGCCCACCGUGUUGAGGAUGUAAUGGAUAAAUAUUCAUAUCAUGCUCUUAAAUUGGAGGAAGAAAAUACCAUGAAGAAGUUCUUCUCCAAAGCUUAUUAUGUCACAGUUUUCAGUGAGAUUGCUGACGAGAUUAUCCAGAUAGAGAAGAAAAUUGAAAAUGUUGUGAAGCGGCGAGAUCGAUGGCUGCAGCUGCCACACCUUAUUCCUAAUCCACUUGCUGACAUUGAAAGAAAACAACCGCAUAGCAAUUUCCAGGAAGUUGUACAAGCUGAUAUUGUGGGGAUUGAAGACAACAGGAGACAGACCUAUGGUUUGGUUGAUUUGCUGAGAAAAAUGCUUAGGAAGAUUGGGGACCAAGAGCAUUCACAGCUAAUGGAUUUGGAUACCCAUGACUUGGAAGUAAAAAUAAAAGAAAGGUUAUCAGGUGGAAACUGUUUGCUUGUAUUAGAUGAUGUCUGGAAUCGAGAAGCAUACACUCAGAUAAUAGAUGUAUUCCGGAAUCUCCAAGCAAGUAGAGUUAUAAUCACAACACGACAGAAACAUGUGGCUACACUUGCUCAACCAAGACAUCAACUCAAACUCAAACCAUUGGAACACAAUGAUGCAUUUAAUCUUUUCUGCAGAAAGGCUUUCUAUAACUGCAUGGAAUGCAAGUGCCCUCAGAACCUUGAAAAGCUGGCUAAAGCUAUAGUGGAUAGAUGUCAAGGCCUGCCACUUGCAAUUGUAUCCAUAGGUGGUAUGAUGUCUUCACUGCCAGCAACAGAAUACGUCUGGAACGAGACGUACAACCAACUUCGUGGUGAGCUGGCAAAUAAUGAUCAUCUUCGUGCAAUUCUAAAUCUGAGCUACCAUAACACACAUGGAGAACUGAGGAAUUGCUUCUUGUAUUGUGGUCUCUUCCCAGAGGAUCACGAAUUCUCACGAGAAAGCCUUGUGCGGCUGUGGGUUGCAGAAGGUUUUGCAUUUCCAAAAGAACAAAGCACAGCAGAGGAGGUGGCUGACAGAUAUCUCAGAGAAUUGAUUCAAAGAAAUAUGCUGGAAGUUGUGGAGAAUGAUGAGCUAGGCAGGGUUAGUACCUGCAAGAUGCAUGACCUUGUGCGAGACCUGGUGCUUUCUAUUGCCAAAGAGGAAAAGUAUGGUUCCGCCAUUGAUUUUUCAAGCAUGUCCCACAUGGACAAGGAUGUUCGUCGCCUGUCGUCAUGUGGAUGGAAAGACAAAAAUGCAGUAAAAGCAAAAUUCCCAUGUCUUCGAACCCUAGUGGCACUUGGAAUAAUUGUAUCACCUUCUCAGUUGUUAUCACCAAUUUUAUCUGAAUCCCACUAUCUUACUGUUCUUGAGCUGCAAGAUUCUGAAAUAACCGAAGUGCCAGCAUCCAUAGGAAAUCUGUUUAAUCUGCGCUACAUUGGUCUGCACCGCACAAGGGUCAAGUCACUCCCAGAGUCUAUCGGGAAGCUCUCAAACCUCCUCACUCUGGACAUCAAGCAAACAAAAAUAGAGAAGUUGCCAUGA